AAACAUAUUGCAUUUUUUCCAUUCCACUUAUCCAUCGAGCUUCUGAUUCUUACCAAUCUUGCCUUUUGUUCUCAACUUUGUUUACAUUGUGGUUCAGGUUGUGGAAGCUGGUGAGUCUGCUUCAAUGAACAACUCCAAUGGGAAUGUGUUCCAACUCAGAGUGAAGCAAGGGGAGCCAACUCUGGUUUCCCCUGCAGAAGAGACAGACAAGGGUUUGUACUUCCUCUCCAACCUCGACCAAAACAUUGCGGUCAUUGUUCGAACUAUAUAUUGCUUCAAGUCAGAUGAGAAAGAUAAUAGCAAGGCAGGGGAAGUGAUCAAGGAUGCUCUCAAAAAGGUUCUUGUCCACUAUUAUCCACUUGCCGGGCGCCUCGCAAUCAGCUCGGAAGGAAAGCUCAUUGUAGAUUGUACCGGAGAAGGAGCUGUUUUCGUGGAGGCAGAAGCAGAUUGUACAAUAGAAGAUAUUGGAGACAUAACAAAGCCUGAUCCAGAGACUCUUGGAAAGCUGGUCUAUGACAUUCCUGGGGCCAAGAACAUACUAGAAGUGCCUCCUCUUGUUGCCCAGGUGACAAAAUUCAAAUGUGGAGGGUUUUCUCUUGGCCUGUGCAUGAACCACUGUAUGUUUGAUGGCAUUGGGGCUAUGGAGUUUGUGAACUCAUGGGGACAAACUGCGAGAGGUUUGCCAUUACAAGUUGCUCCAUUUUUAGACAGAAGCAUACUCAAAGCACGAAACCCACCUAAGAUAGAUCACCUGCACCAAGAAUUCUCCGAGCUUAUUGAUGGCAAUUCUAGCUGUAACUCUUCUGAAGUUGAUGAGGACAAGAUGCUGUAUAGGUCCUUCUGUUUUGACACUGAGAAGCUCGAAAAGCUGAAAGCUAAAGCCAGGGAAGAUGGUGCUCUUGACAAGUGCUCUACAUUUGAAGCCCUCUCGGCAUUUGUGUGGAAAGCUCGGACUAGAGCACUCAGACUCUUGCCUGAACAACAGAUCAAACUCUUGUUUGCUGUUGAUGGGAGGCCUAAGUUCAACCCACCACUCCCAAAAGGAUACUUUGGGAAUGGCAUUGUGUUAACAAAUUCAAUCUGUGAAGCAGGUGAGCUGCUGGAAAAGCCACUGUCACAUGCGGUCGGGCUUGUUCAAGAUGCCAUCAAGAUGGUCACUGACGGUUACAUGAGAUCAGCCAUAGACUAUUUCGAAGCGACGAGAGCUAGACCUUCUCUGGCAUCCACUCUUUUGAUCACAACUUGGUCUCGACUUUCGUUUUACACCACUGACUUUGGUUGGGGAGAGCCUAUACUCUCAGGUCCAGUGGCUUUGCCGGAGAAAGAGGUGAUCUUAUUCCUGUCCAAUGGGACAGAGAAGAAAAACAUAAACGUGCUUUUGGGUCUUCCAGCUUCUGCCAUGGAUGUCUUUCAAGAACUGAUGAAUAUCUAGAUCAGCAGCAACAAGUGUCUUUUUUUUUUUCCCUAUGUAAGCUAUUAAUUUUCGUGAUUCACUGCUACUUGUAAUGUGAUUGUUUCUCAUGGACUACUGUUAUGUCCAUGAAAUU